UUUAUCUUCUGAUAUGGUGUCACAUGCAUUUUUUGGACCAAUUACUUGACUUGUCUUUCUCUUUACACAUUACACCCCACCUUUUUUUUUGGCACCAUAAUUUUUCAAAACAUUCUCCCAAAGAUUUCAAUCAAUUUCUUCUGAUUCAUCUGCCUUUCUUUCCCUGCAAAAAACCCACCAAAAUUUCAUCACCCACAAUUCCUUUUUAGGUAAAGAUUUCACCUUCUUUUGAGUGGACUAACUCAAAGUUUAAUUAUUAUAUGAUAUUUUAGUUAGUUACAGUUAUGUACACAUAACUUUAUGCACCCAAAAAAAAAAUUACUCAAAGAAAAAAGUUGCAAAUGGGCACUCUUCAGUUGAUAGUGUGCCUUCUACUACUAUCAUGUUGUGCCAUGAGACGUUCUAGGGCUGCCUACGAGGACGUGGCGAUCGAUCUAAACGACGACAUUUUGGGACUAAUAGUGUUCAAGUCAGAACUUCAUAACCCACCAGCAUUGAGCUCAUGGACUGAGGAUGAUGGAUCUCCUUGCUCUUGGAAGUUCAUUCAAUGCAACUCGGCCACAGGCCGGGUUUCCGGGGUUUACCUAACAGGCCUAGACCUUUCGGGCCGGCUAGGAAAAGGGUUGCAGAAGCUGCAGGGACUUAAGGUACUGUCAAUAUCUAACAACAAUCUGACUGGUGAAUUAAGGCCAGAAUUAGCCCAACUUCCUAACCUUGAAACACUUGAUCUUAGUCACAACAAAUUUACAGGGCAACUUCCUAGUUCAUUUUCGAGCCUCGGUUCGUCUCUUAGAUACCUUGAUCUCUCUCAAAAUAUGUUAUCUGGUCCAUUACCUGAUAACGUUUUCCAAAAUUUCCCAUCUUUAAGCUACCUUUCUUUAUCAGGAAACUCCUUUCAAGGUCCAAUACCAAGUACACUCUCUAAAUGUAGUGUCUUAAAUGGGUUAAACCUCUCAAAUAAUCAUUUUUCUGGUAACCCUUUUAUCCAAAAUGGUGGGAUAUUUGCUCUGAAUAGGCUCAGAUUAUUAGACCUGUCAAAUAAUUUACUCUCCGGUAAUAUCCCAACUGGAAUAUAUACUUUGCAUAAUCUCAAGGAAUUGCACUUGCAAGGUAACCAAUUUUCGGGUUCGAUACCAUCCGACAUUAGUCUAUGCCCGCAUUUGCUUAAACUCGAUCUUAACAGUAAUUUCUUUGCUGGUAAUAUACCCACAACAUUUGGUACACUAAAAUCUUUGGUGUUCCUAAAUUUAGCACACAAUACCUUAAAUGGUGAAUUUCCUCAGUGGGUAGGAAAUUUGACCAAUUUACAACAUUUAGAUGUUUCUGAUAAUGGUUUAACAGGAGUUUUACCAAUGUCAAUGGGUGAUCUCAAAUCACUAAAAUCUCUAAUUUUGUCAAACAACAAGAUUACUGGGAAUUUACCCACUUCAGUAGUACAAUGCAAUGGGCUAAAAACCCUCCAACUUAAGGGUAACCUCUUUAACGGGAGCAUCCCAGAAAGGCUGUUUACAAUGGGGUUGGAAGAAAUAGGCUUGUCAGAAAACAGGUUCACAGGCUCUAUCCCACCAGCUUCGGGUCAGGUUUUCGAGUCUUUGCUUGUGUUAGAUCUGUCAAAUAAUGAUCUUUCAGGGGAAAUCCCACCAGAAAUGGGACUUUUCUCUAGCUUAAGGUACUUAAACUUGUCUAGGAAUAACCUUCAUUCUAGGAUACCCCCAGAAAUUGGGUACCUUCAGAAUUUAACAGUCUUAGAUAUUAGAGGCAGUGCAUUAUAUGGGAUGAUUCCUGGUGAUUUGUGUGAUUCAUCAAGCAGCUUAUCUAUCCUUCAGUUGGAUGAUAAUUCCUUGACUGGCCCUAUUCCACAGGAGAUUGGCAAUUGCUCUUCACUAUAUUUAUUGAGCUUGUCUCACAAUAAUUUAAGUGGUCCAAUUCCGAGCUCUAUGUCAAUGCUAAAGGGGCUUGAAUUUCUAAGGCUGGAGUCGAACGAGCUAAGUGGGGAGAUGCCUAAAGAGUUAGGUACAAUGCAAAAUCUUCUAGCUGCUAAUGUCUCUUACAACAAGCUUAUUGGCAGGCUUCCUCCAGGGGGAGUAUUUCCGAGUUUAGAUGCAAGUGCAUUACAAGGAAACUUGGGACUUUGCUCACCCUUACUUAAAGGUCCUUGCAAGUUGAAUGUACAAAAGCCAUUAGUCCUUGAUCCCAAUGCAUAUCCCAACAGCAUGCAUGGUCAUAAUGAGGGGAACGAGAUAGCACGAAGAUUAGAUCAUCACAAGUUCCUCAGUAUCUCAGCCAUCAUUGCGAUAGCAGCAGCUGCAAUAAUCGUAAUUGGGGUAAUUAUCAUAACCCUACUAAACGCUUCUGCAAGGAGGAGACUUGCUUUCAUUGACAAUGCGUUGGAAAGCAUUUUCUCAAGCUCAUCUCGGUCAGGAACACCCUCUGUAGGGAGACUAGUCCUCUUUGAUACAAGGACAUCAGGAAACCUGUUUGCUGACCCUGAGUCUCUUAUCAACAAGGCCUCUGAGAUCGGAGGAGGGUUAUUUGGCAUAGUUUACAAGGCUACCAUAGGGGCUGAAGGCAGGAUUGUGGCAGUAAAGAAGCUCUACAAGUCCAACAUACUUCAAUACCCGGAAGACUUUGAUAGGGAAGUAAGAGCUCUAGGGAAGGUCAGACACUUAAAUGUGGCAUCUCUUAGAGGAUACUAUUGGACUCCUCAAUUGCAGCUCUUGGUUUCAGAUUAUGCUACCAACGGCAGCCUCCAGUUCAGACUCCAUGAAAGGCCGCUAAACUUAGCUCCUCUCUCUUGGGAUACAAGGUUCAGAAUUUUACUUGGAACAGCAAAGGGACUCGCUCAUUUGCAUCAUUCUUGCAGCCCACCAAUCAUACAUUACAACUUGAAACCAAGCAACAUCUUACUAGACGAAAAUUACAAUGCUAAGGUUUCUGACUUUGGACUAGCUAGACUGCUUACCAGGUUUGACAAUCAUAGUAUAGCCGGCAAUAGAUUUCAGGGUGCACCAGGCUAUGCAGCCCCUGAAUUAGUGUGCCAGAGCUUGAGAGUUGAUGAAAAAUGUGAUGUAUAUAGCUUUGGAAUUAUGGUGCUUGAGAUUAUUACAGGAAGAAGGCCUAUAGAAUAUGGGGAAGACAAUGUGGUGAUACUGAAUGAUCAUGUAAGAGUGUUACUCGAGGAAGGGAACGUGUUGGAUUGUGUUGAUCAUAGCAUGGGAGAGUACCCUGAUGGAGAGGUGUUGCCUGUUUUGAAGGUGGCACUGGUUUGUACCUCUCAAGUUCCUUCGAUCAGGCCUUCAAUGUCCGAGGUGGUUCAGAUUCUUCAAGUGAUCAAAACCCCAGUUCCUCAAAGACAAGAAGGUUACUGAAUUUAAGUAGGUAGGAUCAUUAGGAUGUGAAGAAAUUGUAUGCUUUUUUUGGUUUUUUAUUUUAAUGUUUUGGACAAAGAUUUGAUAACGACUUUCCUGAUGUCAUAUGCAUAUGGUAUGUGCUUUGUUAGUCUGUUGGUAAAACAGGAGUAAUUUUAGUAAUGUGGUUUCUGAGAUACUCAGAUAAAAAUUGCUCCAUUUUCUUUUUAGGAUACAUAUCACUUGAUCACCUUGGCCAUGCAUAUAUGCAGUGCCAUCUAAAACGAGCGACGUGACGGGGGUAACCAAAUAUAGCAGCUGGCAGUCCCUUAUUUUCCUUAAAAAACAGGAAAAAAGGGACAAAUCGACAAGAAUAAGCGCAAGAACUGUUAUGUAAUUAAUGUCAUUUUCUUAACAUAGCCGCAUAAUAAUUUAAUCUAAUCAUAUACUCCCUCCGUCUUUUUUUUUAUUAUUUUUUUAUUAUUGCGGAAUAGAGCAAAUUUCACUUCUUUAAGUAAAAUAUAAUUGUGCACAUGGGUGUUAGUGGGAUUGAUGAGAAUAGAGAGAGAAAGAGA